AUGGCGCAGCAUGUAACAGUGUCGGAGAUGUUUGCAGAGUACGAAGCCGACUUCGCAAGGCUUUGCCAGGAAGCAGAUGAGUGCCUGGAACGCGCUAGGAAUGAGUCUGCAGCAAGGCAUCUUUCAGAUGCCGAGCGCCAGAUCUCCAGAGCCGAACAGGCCAUCAAGCAAAUGGAGCUGGAAGCAAGAGCAAUGCCACCGGAAGCACGGGGGCCUGUACACUCCAAGGUCCAGCAAUGCAGGCAGGCAUUGUCGGAGCGUCGUAAAGCUUCCGAAACUGUCAGCAGAGGUCUUCUUCUUGAAGAGGCGACAGCCCUCGGAAAGCCAUCAAGUGAAUACCAGGCAGAGGACAUGAACCGGUCCAUGUUGGAUGCCUCCCGAAAGCUGACGGAAGCCAAGCGGGCAGCUCUUGAAUCGGAGCAGAUCGGCAUCGAUGUCAUGGGCGAUCUGCGGCAGCAGAGAGAAGUCAUGGAACGCAGCCGCGAGAACAUGGGCAAAGUGGGUCAGAACUACAGUGCAGCUGGCCACACGCUCGACAGCAUGCUCCGGCGAGCAGAUCAGAACAAGAGGAUGGUUUACAUGAUAGCUGGGUUGAUGCUUGUGAUGCUGGUUGUGGCAGUCUACUUCUUGAUGCACAGUGGUUCGUGA